GUUUAGUUUGCAUUCGGCUGGCCAUGCGCUUCUUCUUUUUCGAUCUGCUUGUCUUGGCGGCUACGGUCGGCGCGCAGCGCAUCUCGGACGCCGAGCGUCCCGAGCUCAACCGCGACUUGGCGCUCUGGCAGCAAAGAUUUGGCAGUGACGACGACGUGCGCCUGGCCAUGGCGCCGGUCAAGCCGUACCGCGACGUGCUUCUUGGGCGCAUUCGAGCCGCGAAGGCGAUGCUUCCAUCCCUCCAGGAAGCCAACCCGCACGCCACCUUCAGCCACUUGACCAAGUUUGCACUGCUCACGGACGAAGAGUUUGCGCGCUUCGCAAUGGUAGGCGGCGCGCGGCCACAGCGUCUGUCGUCCGCCGCCGGAACGAACCAUACGGUUGUCGGCGGCCCUCUUCUCCGCUCGAUCGAUUGGACCAAGCAGUCGGUGUGCGUGCCGCCGGUCAAGACCAUGGGCAAGUGUCGAAGCCAUUGGGCGAUUGCAGCGGCGGCAGCCGUAUCGGCGGCGCACUGCCUCGCGACCGGCGACGCGAUCGACCUCUCGGUGCAGCAGGUGCUGAGCUGCACGACGCCCGGAGGUGCCAGCAGCUGCCGCGGUGGCUUUGCGACCACUGGCAUGGAGUGGCUCGUCACGAUGCCCAACCAUGUAUGCUCGCGGUUGGACAUCCCGUACACGUCGGGCGAGACCGGAUCAUCGUCGAUCUGCAGCGACUACUCCAAGUGCGCCGGGUCCAUCUCGCUCCAAGCCGGCACCGUCGUCGAAGCCAACGGCGACAACGCUCUCGUCGAGCAGCUCCAGAAGCAGCCGGUUGUCGCGUACGUUACGACGACCAACACCUCGUGGCGAUUGUACGCUGGCGGCAUUCUCUCAUGGUGCCCCGCCGAAUACCCCGACCAAGCCGUGCUUGUCGUUGGCUACGGCACCGAGGACACUGGCAAUGGCGCGCCGCCCGUCGACUUUUUCAAGGUGCGCAGUGUGUGGGGCACCAACUGGGGCGAGGCCGGCGACAUUCGGCUCGCGCGCGGCAGCGGCGUCGGACACCACGGAACGUGCGAGGUCACGACGCACCUCUCGUACCCGACGCUCAAGCUUCCGGUCACAGCAGCCAUUGCUGCGUCGUCACUGACGCCAACGAUCGACGCACGCAACGUCGACAGUGCCGACACGGACGCGUCCGAUGAGACGACAUAAGGAAGGUG